CGCGAUUCACGAUUCCUCCGCGUCCAACUUUUCCACGGCCGCUCGCACCAUCGUCCGCCCAUCUCGAUUUGGCUCGGGCUCUCCUCCCCCCCAAUCCCCAAUUCCCCAUUGUCUUCGUCCGUCCAGCACCAGCUUUCCUCCGCACCCCGAUCCGGACAGCCUCGCCGGAACCCUAACCCUAGCGCGCCAUGGCGGGAUACGCCCAGCCCGCAUCCAGGGCCGUCGUGCUCCGCCUGGACGACCUGGCGCUGCCCCCGCGGCACCUCACCGUCCCCCCCCACCUCCCCGUCUCCGACCUCCUCCGCUCCAUCCCGCUCCCCUCGCCCUCCUGCUACUACCUCACCGCCGACGGGCGCCCGCUGCCGGCCUCCUCCCCGGUGGCGGCGCUCCCGCCGUCGGCCUCCGUCCAGCUCCGCCUCCGCGCGCUCCGGGGCGGCGGCGGCGACGGCGGCGCCACGGGCGCCGAGUCCCGCGACUGCUACCUCUCCAUGUACCUCGCCAAGAAGCCCGACAAGGCGGACCCCAACGAGGCGCGCCUCUCGCGCUUCACCUGCUGCGCGCUCUCCGGGGAGCCCCUCGCCGCGCCCGCCGUCGCCGACCGCCUCGGGAACCUCUACAACAAGGAGCCGCUCGUUGAGGCGCUGCUCCACAAGCGCCUGCCCAGGGCGCUGUCCCACAUCCGGGGCCUGCGCGACAUGGUCCCCAUCCACCUGCACCCCAGGCCGGGCGCCGACGCCGCCGGGGACGAGGUCCGGUUCCAGUGCCCCGUCACCGGCCUCGAGUUCAACGGCAAGUACCAGUUCCUCGCGCUCCGUGGGUGCGGCCACGUGCUCAGCGUCAAGGCGCUCAAGGAGGUCAAGACGUCCGCGUGCUUGGUCUGCCACGAGGAGUUCGGCGAGGCCGACAAGAUGCCCAUCAACGGGACUGAGGAGGAGGUGGCCGAGCUCAGGAAGAGGAUGGAGGAGGAGAGGGGGAAGGCGAAGGAGAGGAAGGACAAGAAGGUUCUCAGUGGGAAUAAGCAUGCUGCUACUGUCGUGGCGCCGGUGGUGGCGGCGGCCGGAGCUGAGAAUGGGAAGAAGGGCGAGGCUGCUUCAGCAAAGCGCUUCAAGGCUGCGGACCAUGCGCCAGCCCAUGCCAAUAAGGAAGUGUAUGCGUCCAUAUUCACAUCGUCCAGGAAGUCGGAUUUCAAGGAGACAUACUCGUGCCGCUCGCUUCCGCUGGGAAGAAAUUGAUCUCAUGCCAAGAGCGAUUGCAUUGCAUGGAGGUGGUGAUCCUAUUGUGCUGAUUUGCCUCGCUCGUGUCACCAACUUCAAUGUUGGUUCCUUUAUCUGGUGGUGUUAUUUAUGUUUGAUUGGUGACCCUGAGCGUAUUUUGGCUGUUAGAGCAGCGUUAAAUUCAACGUAGCAACGAUGGGUGGAAUCUGCGAUAGUUUGGUCUUGUGUAGAGUUUGAAUUAAAAGUUGUUACUUGGCUGAUUGUUCCAAAAAAUAAUUGACAAACGCCAUGGUCUUCAUUGUUGUUGUUGCCACAGUACAGUUAAUCCAAGUCCAUGGAAUUCAACGGUGAGGAUGUAUGGACAGUUGCGGUUUUGUGGAUGUCAACAUUGCCAGUUUUUCAUUA